GCCAGCUGUAGGCCUGUGAAGGAGUGUGCAGCAGGACAACUCUUCGCUCGCUCUGUCACAUCUCCAAAUCUUUUGCACUUAGGAAGACACACACAGUCUCUUAAGUGUUCUUCGACUUGCUCUAGAGAUUUGCAGCGUGCCUCAUAUCAAGGAAAAUGGGAGCCCUUAUUGCUAAAAUGUUGCUGCCUACCAUUAGCAGUUUGGUGUUUCUGCCAGCAGCCAGUGUCGCCACCAAGAGAGGUUUUCACAUGGAGGCCAUGGUCUACUUCUUUACCAUGUUCUUCACAUCGAUCUAUCAUGCGUGUGAUGGACCAGGCCUGUCUGUUUUGUGCUUCAUGAAGUAUGAGAUUUUGGAGUACUUCAGUGUCUAUGGUACAUCAGUCUCCAUAUGGGUCACAUUAUUAGCACUGGGGGAUUUUGACGAGCCCAAGCGCUCCACACUCACCAUGUUUGGAGUGCUCACCUCUGCUGUGAGGAUAUACCAGGAUCGUUGGGGCUAUGGGAUCUACUCCGGCCCUAUCGGCACAGCUGUGUUGAUGAUCACAGUCAAAUGGUUACAAAAGAUGAAAGAGAAGAAGGGCCUUUAUCCAGACAAAAGUGUGUACACUCAACAAGUGGGACCAGGGUGCUGCUUUGGGGCGCUGGCUUUGAUGCUUCGCUUCUAUUUUGAGGAGUGGGACUAUGCUUAUGUGCAUAGCUUUUACCACCUGUCACUGGCUGUGUCCUUUGUACUGCUACUUCCCAAGAAGAACCGCUACGCGGGGACGGGCCGCAACGCUGCCAAACUCAACUGCUACACUCUCUGCUGCUGUGUAUGAAGUCCCUUUAAGAUGACACUCAUUUCUUGUAGCGACUUCACAAGCUCCAGGAAAGGAGAAAGCUCGGACCAUUUGGACAACAGCUCAAAAACCAUGGAUGCGGGCCUGCAAUCCUGGCCUACCG